AUCUGCAUUACUUGCUUCUGUCUGUCAUUUGGUCCAGCUACUAUUUUGGUAUUGUUUAUUCAGCAGCGCUUAGAAAAGGCCUGAUGGCAGAGGCAAGCUGCAGACCUGUUUCGCUUAGCAAGUGUGGCCCCCAUCUUUAAGUCUAGGGGAUUCUAAUCAGCGGCUCAAAAGCAAGCCCAUUUCAGCACAUUUUGUGCACAUCAUUUCUAUACUCCGGUUCCCAUUCGUACCUGCUGGCGCCAUGAAUCCUCCUAGUACCACACUACCGUCAGAGUCAUCACAAAGAGGUCGCCAGAGAACAAAGCAAUCAGGAGAGAGCGCAGAAGCAGCCGUAAAGCCUAAGAAAGUCAAUAGCGAGAUCCGAAAGCAACAAAACAGGAUCGCUUCACGUAACUACCGUGAAAAGCGUAAACGGAAGCUUCAAUAUCUCCAGCAGUUGAUCAGUGAUGAGACAGACGACCAUCAGGGACAUGAGCCUUCUCCCGAGCAACAAGAAACGUAUGCGUCCUCACAUUCAAGAAACCACAGCACCGUAGGCUCAAGCUUAUCGCCUUACCAAAUGCCUUCCACGCCUUCCAACCGUAACCUUAGCUCUCUAGGCGCCAGGAGUAAAACUUCGCAGACCCCUAUUAUGGCAACCACAACCACAUCUUUUGGUGGUCAACAUGGUACCGCAUCACACGCAUACGGUGUCUAUUCUUCAAACUGGAACGCGCAUCUCUACUCUCCGCCCCCACCUCCUCCAGCAAACACUGCCUGGAACGUGCCACCGGCUUGGACACUGGGAUCUGAGCAUCCUGUCCAGACCUCUCCACAGCCAUCGUUGUACCACUACAGCCCUGAGCCUCCAGCGCCUAUAGUAUAUCAUCAACAAGCACAAAAUAUAUCACAACAAUCACACGAGUACCUCUCCAGCGCAUACAUCUAUGGAUACGGCUCAUCACCAGGGCGUCAACACCAGGUAACCCACAAUCCCUAUUUUCCGAUUGGACAAGAGCCCUUUGCGUUUGAACGAUUCGUUUAUAUUUGAACACCAACAGCUCACACUACUCAUAUGAUGACUCCCUUGAAUAGAGAAACAACACUCGAAACAUGCGUCAUAUUUAUCGCCCAAUGAUGCGAGUGGACAAAGUCAGACGAGGAUUACGUUGCAAAAGCUAAAAAUUUGGGGCGGCUAUGUGGAGAUGACCACACUUCAGCUGAACUGCGCACUGAGUCGGCAUCUGCUCACCCGACAUGGCUAUGAGAAUGUUUC